GCUGAUACGGGUGGGGGUGCGAUUAUUCCAAAGGAUUGGAAGUCCCGGUCAGACCUUUUUUUUUUCCGGUGUCAAACAACGGUUCUUUAAAGGAGAUGUUUUUGGUCGGGUGCUUGUGGCGGCGGACUAGCGCUAAUACCAGUUGCGGCGGAGCCGAUGUCGCACUGACAGAGUGCGACAGAAAGCUGUCGAAAAUCAGCCUGGUUAUUUUAGGUGAAAGUGACAUGCAGAUCGGAAGCCUUUGUCAGUAUUUCUUAGUUGCAACAGUUGCUUCAAGCGAGGCACGCAGAGCGCACCGCUGCCCAAUCGUCCUCGGACUGCUUGAAUUUGAGGACGCUAUUGAGCCAGUGCAGACAGAGUCUCAACUUCUUUUCACCACCCUUCCUCGGUCAGAAUGGCAAGGAUUCGAAUUCCUAGCACAAUUGUUAUAAUUUUUGUUACGGUUCAAACUGGAUUCUUACUCUUCAUGUAUGCCCGGUACAGUAGCUUCAUGCCUCCAUCUGAGGAGAAACCAUCACAAGUCCACAUACUUAUUCUCUCCUCUUGGCGUUCAGGAUCUUCUUUUGUCGGUCAACUUUUCAGCCAACACCCCAGUGUCUUCUACCUGAUGGAACCUGCUUGGCACGUGUGGGUUACAAUGUACCAGAACAGUGCCAAAGUCUUACACAUGGCAGUGCGGGACUUAGUCAGGUCGGUCUUUCUGUGUGACAUGUCUGUGUUUGAUGCUUACAUGCCUUGGAAAAGGAACUUAUCCGAUCUUUUCCAGUGGGCAGCCAGUCGGGCUCUGUGUUCAGCUCCUGCUUGUGACUCUUUUCAACGUACUGACAUAACCAGUGAAUUGGCAUGCAAGACUCUUUGUGGACGGUAUCCAUUCAGCAAGGUGGAGGAAGCCUGUAAAACUUACAGCCAUGUUGUCAUCAAGGAAGUUCGAUUCUUUGACUUGAAGGUCCUGUACCCGCUCCUCACUGAUCCGUCCCUGAAUCUCAAAAUUAUUCACCUGGUCCGUGACCCCAGGGCAGUCGUUAAGUCACGGGAGCAAUCAGUCAAAGCAUUAGCCCGUGACAACGGAAUUGUCUUGAGUACCAAUGGCACUAAAGUGGAAGAUAGCAAAUAUAAAGUAAUGCAAGAGGUUUGUAGAAGUCAUGUUCAGAUUUAUGAAACAGCUACUCUAAAACCACCUAAUUUCCUGAAAGAUCGCUAUUUAAUGGUCCGUUUUGAAGAUCUUGUAAGAGAUCCGUUAUCAGAAAUCUCAGAAAUGUAUAAAUUUGCAGAUCUUAGUUUGACUCCCAGGCUCAAAAGCUGGAUCUAUAAUAUCACACAUGGACAGGGACCGGGGAAAAAAAAAGAGGCCUUCAAAAUAACAUCCCGAGAUGCAGUUAGUGUUUCACAGGCCUGGAGAAAUGUUCUUUCCUUUCAGAAAGUUAAGAAAAUACAGGAAGUUUGCAAAGGUGCUAUAAACAUUCUUGGUUAUCAGCUGGUGGAUUCAGAAAAAGAACAAAGAGAUCUGACAUUGGAUUUGGUGUUGCCAAGACGACAAAAUCAAUUCAGUUGGUCAUCAUUUAAUCCAAAGAACUGAGACAUUUUUGAGAGCUCUGGGGACGUGGGGCAGGGUAGUUGUUUGAAUAUUUCUAUACUGUGCAGCAUAUAGUAAUUGGAAAAUCCUUGGCUGAUGACUUUAUCUUUUCAUCUACUCCUUUUCUGAUAAUUCUGAUAAUGUAAGAAGGGUUUUUUUUUUUGUGAGUUUUUUACGUAUUAAAAAAAAAGGCAGCAAGAUGCUUGUCAGCCUGUUAUUGUGCUGCUCACAGCACUGUUUUAAGAAUAUAAUUUAAGCACUUUCUGUUAAAAGAUGGAUUCUCAGAGAUGUCUUUGUUUAUUGGUAAUAGUUCACUUUUUUUCAUUCUUUAAGUAUUUAAGAAUCACAGUUCUUUAUUUGUAUAUAUGGAACAAAGUAUAUACUAAAUUCCUUCUUGACUUUCUUCUUUAAA